CCAUGGCCUGGCCAAAAGUGCCAGGCUAGACAUGCUCUUAGGCUUAGCCAUUAGAGGUAAAUUUAACAGAGCUUUACCAUUGAUGCAAAUGAAGAACAGAAAAUUUAUUUGAGAGAAGAAAGAGUGACUGAGAAUGAUCAGAUAGAGCUAAUACAUAGAUGCCAUCAUGACGGCAAUCAAACCAAUAGGGAAACAAAGUUCAAUCAUCAUCUCAUUCUCAAUCCUCUCAAUUCUCAAUUCCCAAAUUCUCAAACAGAUUGAAGAUAUUAAAAGAUCUAAGCUAUGUUCAAUUUGAAAACGAAAAAAUCCAAAACAAACAAAAAAACCAAUUUGUCGAAGCAAAUAGCAUAAUUUUCUGGUGUGGGAAGAAGGAUCAGAUAGAGCUAAUACAUAGUUUCGCCAUCAUCACGGCGUUCAAACCAAUAGGGAUACGAAAUCUAAUCCUCAUCUCAAUCUCCCACUUUCACAUAAAAAAUCACACACACAAAAAGCUUUUUAAGCUUUAAGCAGAGAAAAAGAAAAGGGCUUUACAGAACCAGAGCGGCUACUUGUUUCAACCUUCAUAUUUUGAAAUCGUAAUGCCACAGAAACCCUAAAGAUUGGAUAUUUAUAGUGAAAGCUCAGGCCUUUAGGGCAACAUUUGAAGAAGAGCCUCUGAUCUCUAUAUGGGCUGACAAUUUUCUUGAACCGGCCCAACCCACAUUUGUCUUAACCGGAAAAGACCAAAACCAACUGACUCAACCACUUUCGUCUUGUGUUUCCGUACAAUGCGCCUCCACGGCCACCGCCUACGUCAACCGCCUUAAGAUCUCAUAGCCUCCUCCUCUCCAUCUCUUUCUCUCUGUUAUGGAAAUGGCUAAGAAUUUCUCCAAGAAUCUGUUCAACCAUUUGUAUUUUACGCAAAGAUUUCUAAAGAAAGAGGAAUUGUAUCAGAGGUUUAUAUAUAGCUAUGUGAAUCGGUUUCAAUCGCUACGCUCGAAAGUAGACAAGGUAGAGCCAGAGGCACUCAAAGAAACGAAAGCUGCUGCUCCUCCUCAAGCUCCUCUAAGGCCCAAACCUGAUGCCAUUGGUAACUACUCUAGUGACGACGAUGAUUUAAUCGAUAGUAAGUGGAAAGGGUUGGAGCUUGCUUGGCUCCCCAGAGCUCUCGAAUCAGCUCUUCAACUGUGCAGGUGGGCUCUGCCAAGCUCAACAGUUCUGAAAAUUGCAGGAAAUGGAGUGGGAGAGAAACCCCCACCCAGCACUCGAUCAGUCUCGGAGAUCAUUGCAAGCAUCCAACGCAGUAAGACAGGAAUUCAGGAUUGGAGUUUGAGUGAUCUCACCAUUGGUUUGUUUCUUAUUUAUCUUCGACAAGCUUCUGUAAAUCCAUUUGAGGAUGUUAAUGGUGUUCAGAUCUCCUCAAAUUCAAUGGUACGAGAUCUCAUCUACCACUCUGAGUUAGCAAAGGGUUCUUAUAAGGAUACUACUGCAGCUCUUGCAAGGAACACCAUGCUUCGAGAAAGCAACGUCUUGAAAUUUGUCAAAAAUUCCAGUGUGAUGAGGCCUGGAUAUUAUAUAGGGAUUGACCCUCGUAAAAAACUUGUGAUUCUAGGAAUCCGUGGUACUCAUACUGUAUAUGACCUUAUAACUGAUGUUGUUUCUUCGAGCGAUGGUGAAGUCACAUUUGAGGGUUAUUCAACCCACUUUGGCACUGCAGAAGCUGCUCGCUGGUUUCUUAGUCACGAGAUGGGAAAUAUAAGGAAGUGCUUGGAGAAAUAUGAGGGAUUUAAGUUUAGGCUGGUGGGUCAUUCGCUUGGAGGUGCUACAGCUGCUCUACUAGCAAUAAUGCUCCGUAAAAAGUCAGCUAAGGAGCUGGGGUUCAACCCGGAGAUUGUCUCUGCGGUGGGGUAUGCAACGCCACCUUGUGUCUCCAAAGAACUUGCUGAAAGCUGCUCCAGUUAUGUCACAACUGUUGUGAUGCAGGAUGAUAUUAUACCUAGGCUAAGUGUGGCAUCUCUAACGAGGUUGAGGAGUGAAAUUCUUCAAACCGAUUGGAUGAGUGUGGUUGAGAAGGAAGACUGGAGAAGUGUCAUAGAUUUGGUUACAAAUGCAAAGCAGGUUGUGUCUUCGGUGCAAGAUGUUGCUCGGAAACUCUCUGAUUAUGCAAAAUUUGGGAGCAGCAAAAAUGCUUCAGAUGGUCCUGUCAUAAAGAAAAUGCCUAUGGCUUCCAGGGUCCCUGUAAAUGACGGAGAAGUAAGAGAUAAUGCUGUUGCUAUUGAGAAUGGAGGAGCUGCCUGUAAAGUGCCUGAGGAGUUAUUUGUACCCGGCACUGUUUACUACCUAAAGAGGAAUGUGGAUGCUCAAACAGGCAGCAGCAGCAGCAGGGAGUAUUUUACACUUUGGAAGAGGCAUCCAGGUGAACAUUUUCAGAGGAUUGUGCUCUCAAGCAACAUAAUAACAGACCACAGGUGUGUUAGCCAUUACUAUGCAUUAAGAGAUGUGCUCAAAGGUUUGCCCACCUCCGAUGAUGAAGGCAAAUUUCAUAAUUGAUCAAAACAAAGUGCUCUUAUUUUUCCUCUGUAAAAAUGUAACUGAUGUUUUAGAUUUACUGUAACCAUCAUAAAUUUUGCAAUGUUUAAGGAAUUUAUCAAUUUUCAUUGAUCAA